AUGCCCUGGGUUCUCAGCAUGAACUUCUGGACUACCAAACUGUUGCCACCCUCGUCGAGGUCCAGAUCGAGGUCGAAGUCAACGGAAACCGCUGUCCCCCUACGCAAUCGAAGUCUCUCGCAAGGCUAUCUCAGACUGCUCUCUCGGGGCAUGCGACGUAGCGCAACAAGUGCGCUGUGUCAGGGCUCUUCUCCAGUUGCCUCUGACCCUGCCGGUCUGCCUUCCGCCGCUGCGUCCACCUAUGAAGAUUAUGACUGUGAUGACGACGAUGAAAACCACGACCACUUCAGCCAAAACGGUAGCGUUAAAGAGGUAGCGUUGUUGCGUCGUCUGGCCGUCGUCACCGGUGCUAUGGAAGACCGUUCUUCGCAGGUGUUAGCACGCGGGGCACCCUUUCCGAUGGUCGUGGUGCCUCCGAACGGUGGCUACUGGGUCGAAGAGUUUUCGCUGAACCACCAGGGAUCGCCGGCGCAAGAACCCAACGCUGACAGCAGCUGCCAACGCUACAAGCUGGAAAGCGACAAAACGGCCAAGUGCUAUCGUCGUUACUUUUGGGGAAAGGUACGACGAUUACGAAUAUUCAUUUCUUUUGUUUUAGCCGAGUAUCCGAAGUUUGCCCCGUUUUGCCGUGAAUUUGCUUUAUGA